AAACACUCCCCAUUUUUCCAAACUCCAUAAAACAAAUUGCCAAAAAAAAAAAAAAAAAACUUCAAACUUCAAAGAGAUUCCAAUUCCAAGUCUAAGCUUCCUUUAAUGGACUCCAAAAAGCUCCUCUCUCUCUAUCUCCUCUGCUUCUCUCUCCUCCCAGAAUUAUAUGGGGUGGUUUGGGUGUCGGCCGGUGGGGGCGCCCACCGUGAGCAGCGGAGGAGUCAGAGUCUUGGAGGUGGAGAGUUGUCGGAUUCCAAUCCUAGGAAGAUGUUUGUGUUUGGCGAUUCUUACGUGGACACCGGAAACAACCGGAAACCGGCGGCCAAAUCUUGGCAGUAUCCCUAUGGAAUUACUUUUCCCGGUAAACCCACCGGCCGUUUCUCCGAUGGCCGUGUUUUAACCGACUACUUAGCCAAGUAUCUGAAGGUGAAGUCUCCGAUACCGUACAAAUGGCGGAAAGUAGGGUUCGGACUAGGACAGUUGAAAUACGGUAUGAACUUCGCGUACGGCGGGACCGGUGUGUUCAAUACGUUUGUAACGAGCCCUAACAUGAGCACUCAGAUCGAUUUUCUCCAACAGUUGGUCGGCGAAUCGACCUUCACCGGCCGUGACUUGCUGUCCUCUGUGGCGCUCGUCUCUCUCGCCGGCAACGAUUACAGUGUCUACCAAGCCACUAAUGGAUCUCCUCAGGGCUGGCAGCCAUUUAUAACGAAAGUGGUGAAUCAGCUAGAGGUGAACCUGAGGCGCAUCCAUGGGUUGGGGGUCCCAAAGAUAGUGGUGACAGCUCUUGAGCCAUUGGGCUGCCUUCCCAGCACCACAGUUGCAUCCUCCUUCCAACAGUGUAAUUCAACUCAGAAUCAACUUGUCAACUUCCACAAUCUACUGUUGCAGCAAUCUGUGGCUAAACUCAACUCUGAAGUCAAAGAUCCCUCUGCAUCCACUUUCAUCCUUCUUGAUCUUUAUUCCUCUUUCAUGGCUGCUCUCAACAACAAAGUAGAUCAACUUGGGAAUGUGAAGUUUGAGAACCCAAUGAAGCCGUGUUGCGUGGGAAUAAGCAGCGAGUAUGCGUGUGGGAGUGUGGGUGCGAAUGGGGAGAAGAAGUACACGAUAUGUGAAGAUCCAGGAGCUGCGUUCUUCUGGGAUGAAGUGCAUCCUACUCAGUAUGGCUGGUAUGCUGUGUACUCUGCAUUGCAAGCCAAUCUAAAACAGCUUUAAGCUUUAAAAAUUACUUAGAGACAUUAGAGAUCAGAUAAGUGACCUCCCAAUUUGACAAGACAUUUCAUUCAUUCAAUGAUCAUCUGUCAUGUAAUUUUCAAAAUAAUAUUUUGGCAUAGUCUCUUUGCCUGUGCUCUCUGAUUUGCUUGUAUGUAUUCAUUUCUCUA